AAAGUCUGGUGCAGACUCUGCAGAACGGCUAACCGCCAAACAGCAAGAGCUUGUGAGUGGAACUUUCAGGCGACCGUGAGACCGAGUCCGCGCCAAGAGCAACACGAUGGCAGUGAUGCACCAUGUAGAAGGUUCCUGCCGCAAAGUUCCUACUAGAAUUUCAUGACAAUGCGCGAUCAGCGCUGUCACGCUCAGCCUCACAGUGCUUCGCUGUACAUAGGUUGGCGCUAGAUCUGAACAAGCUGAUCGAUGUGUAGUGAUGGCCCAUGGUAGCGGUCAUAGGGCCAUCAUGCAGCAUCAUAUGUUCUUUUUUACGCAAUUCGCUCAAUUGAACAUGCUGUAUUGGGUACAGUGUUCUGCGCAUCAUGAAGCUGAGAGAACCUAUCAGAAGUUCUUUCUCUGUCAUGAUGAUCCCCGCUCCUCGGACAUCCUUCAAGUUCCUGCAGUUUCUUGGCAGUUUCUGGCUGUAGUAUUUUGCCGCGCCUGCCUGGCAGAACGGGAGCGUUUUGCCAACACCGAUGGCGACAUACUUUUCCAAGUUGUUGGUAUGUCAGGUGACAGAGCAUCAGAACAGGUACUCAGUGACCUCAUGAAGCGCCGUUCAAGCUGGAGGAUCAUGGACCUCCAACUCGAUGCCAUGUCGAAGGACUUGCAUGUUGGUGGUGCAGGUUCUCGCACGUGGUUGAAUCCCACCGUGGGCCCAUCUUCCUAUCCUUUCAGCGCAAGAUCACGGGAAUUUGACAUCCCUUACCUAUACACACCUGGUCUGGCUUCGAGUGGUCCAUGGGCGUGCUCAGCCUCCCUAAAGACGCUUGCUAACCAACACCAUGCUGUUAUGGGUGAAGUUUGCUAUGACUCAUUCAUCCUGUGACUAUUUUGUCAGGACGGGCGUCGAACAACAAAACAUGGAGACUACGCUCUAUUUCGUGGUUGCAGGCAGGGCAUUCUAAUUUUCUUACAUCGUCUUAACAACAU